GCGCGAGCGACUUUUACUCACUCGCAGAACACAAUCGGCGAACUGCAAAUAAUUAAAACUUCAAGUUAAUAUUGUUUAAUUUCUAUUUGUAUUUUAAAUCUGCAAAAAUGCAGUCUAUACGCCUGUGCAGCUUACAUCCCAAGAUCCUGCUCACCCUUAAUUCAGGGCUCUUUGAGUUACAAAACUAUAAUUCAAUCUUACUCGGAGGACUCCGAUUUCGCCACAGCAAGAACAUUAAUCCUAAAGUGCAACGAAAGUCCACAGAAGGAAAGGGAAUUCAGUACUUCGGAUUUAAAUAUUUUCCCAGAUUUCCUGACCACAAAGAUCCACCCUACGAAGCCACCAAGUUGUUUAUGGUUAAACGAAUUCGGUCGUGCUUCGGAGUCCCAAGAUGGGAGAAAGACCUCAUAAAACAUUUUAAACUUGAAUCUAAAGCGGACACAGCUAUAAUCAAAAAUAGUCCGACAAACAACGCCAGAUUGUACAAGAUUAAGCAUCUUGUCGAAAUUACACCUAUUACGACACCCUUCGGAAUGCCAGAUAGUCCCGAGCAUGCAGUUUUGAAAGAAAAUGGAGAACUUAUUGCUUGUCAAAUGCUACAAGGAAAUCAAUUACAGUUACAAGAUGCAAAGAAUGCAAAUGAUGAACUGAUGAAAAAGUCCGUGGAUGGUAGCACGUUGAAAAAGAGGUUACGUUUAAAUUGGUAUUCCCGUUGGUAGUUAAGAACUUCAUUAAGUAUUUGUUUUAUCAGUCUUUAGUAAUAAAUGUUACAUGCACAAUACAAAUUUCAUAAAUAAGCUAUUAGGCUGUAUAA